AUGCCGACUAUCUCGACGCCGAGCAAGAUUGCAGGCACGCAGGCGCAAAAAGCACAUGUGCAUUUCAGCGGGAGCACAAGUGUGGAGCGCGAGGCUGUCGUUGCGGAAGUCCAGCGAGAGACGGGCGCGAUAUUAGUCCCGCCAUAUGAUCACCCGGACAUCAUGUUGGGCCAGGGCACGAUGGGGAUUGAGAUUGAGAAGGAGGUGGAGGAAUUACUAGCUGCGGAUGCGGAGCUGGGUAGGAAGGGAAAAGCAGGAUUGGAUGCGGUGAUUGCGCCGUGUGGAGGUGGAGGCAUGUUGUCUGGCAUUUCCAUCGCGCUGGAACCUACUUCGAUACGUGUGUUUGGUGCAGAGCCUAGUUUUGAAGGAGGCGAUGAUGCGAGGAGGGGUGUUGAGGCUGGCGAGCGGGUGACGAGUGUGAAGACGCUUACGAUUGCGGACGGUCUUCGGACGCCGCUUGGGGAACACACGUGGAAGAUUGUGUCGGACAAGAAAUACGUUGAAGGGCUGUAUGCGGUGACGGAGCAAAACAUCAAAGACGCGAUGAAGUUGGUGCUGGAGCGGAUGAAGUGUUUCGUAGAGCCGAGCGCAGUGGUGGGGUUAGCGACGAUAUUGUACAAUGAGGACUUUAGGAAGAUGGUGGAGAAAGAGGCUGGGGAUGAAGGCUGGAAUAUUGGGGUUGUGUUUAGUGGUGGCAACACGACGAUUGAAGCGAUCACGAAGAUCUUUGCUAGCGAUGUGACGGAAAAGCAGGCUGAGAGGCAUGAAGGUGUUCUGGGUAGUGACGGAAGAAGACAGGUGGAGAACGUGGCAGGGUGA